AGAGAGUUGGAGGAGGGGGCUGGGUCUCCUGCCUUACCCCUAUCUCUUUACACGACUGCCAACCCGUCUAUAGAGUUAUUCCAGGAAUGUGUUGAACAUGGCUGCCGCGAUGAAGGCACAGAAAACUGGACUGUUGGAACUUCGAGUUACCGUGGACCGUUGGAUCCGUGUAUUAGCCACACUUACGGAGGAUACUUUAACCGUGAGCCCCGGAGAGGUCGCCGAAGAACCAGUGAAACCCAACCCAACUCCCGCCGGUGACAUUAAUGGAGACCCAGCCAACCUCAGCUCCUUUCCCGUCCCAGAAACGAUCACCAACGUUAAGCGCACGGUGAGAGUUACAAAGCAAGAUGUGGGAGGACUUGGAAUUAGUAUUAAAGGUGGGAAAGAGAAUAAAAUGCCUAUUCUCAUCUCAAAGAUCUUCAAAGGGUUGGCUGCUGACCAGACGGAGGCCCUGUACGUGGGUGACGCCAUCCUUUCGGUCAACGGCUCUGACCUCCGGGAGGCCACACACGAUGAUGCCGUGCAGGCUCUAAAGAAGACGGGCAAGGAGGUCAUCCUAGAGGUGAAAUACAUCAAGGAGAUGUCAGCCUUCUUUAAGAACACCUUGCCCGGUGCACCCCUACCCUGGGACUCCCCUCAUGCCACGCCACAGAAGGGCGCAGACGCCCCCCCUACUGAGCUGAAGGAGGCCAGGACCAUCCCCCUGAAAAUGUGCCAGGUGACCAGGAAGCAGUGCCCCCCGGACACAGAGAACAGGUACUUUGAGGUGAUCUCGUCCAGCAGAAAGAGCUCCGUGUUCCUGAGGGCCAAGGACCCUGCCAUGGCCCAGUCCUGGUAUAACGCCAUCCAAGCCGGGGUUUCGGCCCUGGUGCCCCGAGUCAGGGAUGAGCUGAGGGCCAUGCAGGCGGGCCUGGAGGUCAAACACAUGGGAUGGAUCACUGAGCAGGCGACCCAGGGUCCAGAGAGACCGGUGCUGGCUCUGCUGACUGAGAGAGACCUGCUGCUGUACCCCACCCUUCCUGACAGUAAAGACGGCAUCAACAGCCCAGCCAAGAGCCACCCGCUCAUCACAACUCGACUGGUCCACUCAGGACCGGGGAAAAGCUCUCCCCUGCUGGACUCGGAGCUGUCCUUUGGGCUGCGCACCGGCACCAAGCAGGGCGUGGAGACCCACUUGUUCCGGGUGGACUCGGCCAAGGAGCUUUCAGCCUGGACCCACAUGCUGGUGGACGGCUGCCACAACGCUGCCGAGCUCAUCCAGGAGGUCACCACAGCCUGCAGCUGGAACGGGAAGGAGUGCAACCUGGGAGUGCACAUCGACGAGGGCUUUAGCCUGUUCACUGAGGAGAUGGGCAUCAGAAAAACGGUGCUCCUCCAGCAACCCUUCGAGCGUCUGCGCAUGUCCUCCGAUGACGGUGUACACAUGAUCUUCCUCGACUUUGGAGGGCCAGAGGCUGAGAUUCAACUGGACCUCCACUCCUGCCCCAAGACCAUGGUGUUCAUUAUCCACUCCUUCCUCUCUGCUAAGGUCAAGCGGCUAGGCCUGUUAGCAUGAUAACAGAUUGACCUGCAACCCCUCUGCCCACCCUGAAAAACCACCGAAGCGUAUUUACACGAAGCCAUGACUCUAACAUUAGGAGGAUGAGAUAUCACUACAGAGGACAUGUCACCACUCUGUUUUAAACCGCCACCAAGGGGUUACAACAGACAGCAUCAAAAAUCAUGACGGCUUCUAAAUUUGUUACAGAAUUUUCAAAUGUUACCUGCACUGUUUACUGAUUGAAUUAUUCAGAGAGGUUUGUGUUUUAUCAUCCUAAAUGUACGUUACUUUUUUGUUUUGGCCAUUUUGAGAAACAUUAUUUUAUGUCUGCUAUUAAGGAUGUUUUCCAAGUGCUGAUUCAGAGACAUUUUGAGUCUCCCUGCAUUUCUUUAGUAGAUUCAUAAAUGUUUCCCAUAGCCAAUAUCAACAUGAAGAUAAACUAUAUGUCAUAAAGCUGAUUUUAAACUUAACCCCUAAAUGGAUUAUUGCCACUGUUAAGUGAAAUUACUAAACAAAAACCCCACUCUCCAACUAACUUGAAUGACCUUAUGCAUAAGAGUACUAUGCCUUUGUAUCGAUACAAUAUAUACAUAUUUCGACACUAUAACUUCUGACAUGAAGUUCACCCUCUAGAUCAUUUUAAUUUUGAUGAAAGACGGAUGGAAUAGUUUUAACGUUGGUAUUACCAGAGCCUUAUAGCUGUAGGUGUUUGGACAUAGAAACCUACAGUGCCUUCAUAAAGUAUAACAUUUUUUUUGACUUGUUCCACAUUGUGUUGUGUUACAGCCUACAUUAAACAUGGAUUAAAUAUUUUUUUCUCAUCCAUCUACACACAAUACCCCAUAAUGACAAAGUGAAAACAUGUUUUUAGAAAUGUUUGCAAAUGAAUUGAAAUGCAGAAAUAUCUCAUUUACAUAAGUAUUCACACCCAUAAGAUAUGUUAGAAUAUAAUAUAUGAUAACAAUACGUAGAUACGUAGAAUGUAUGCACACAUGACUGUAAGUCGCUUUGGAUAAAAGCGUCUGCUAAAUGGCAUAUAUUAUAUAUUAUAUGUUAGAAUCAUCUUUGUCAGUGAUUACAGAGUCUUUCUGGGUAAAGUCUCUAAGAGCUGUGCACACCUGGAUUGUACAAUAUUUGCACAUCAUUAUUUUUAAAAUUCUACAAGCUCUGUCAAGUUGGUUGUUGAUCAUUGCUAGACAGCCACUCAGGAUCAUUCCAUGUUGUCUUGUUAAGCAACUCAACAGCAACAGUUUAUAUUUGGUCUUUUAGGUUGUUGUCCUGCUGAAGGAUGAAUUUGUCUCCCAGUGUCUGUUGGAAAGCAGACUGAACCAGGAUUUCCUUUAGGAUUUUGCCUGUGCUUAGUAGCUCCAUUGCAGAGGACAAGCAUACCCAUAAUAUAAUUCAGCCACCACCAUGCUUGAAGAUGUGAAAAGUGGUACUCAGUGAGGUGUGUAUUUGCCCCAUACAUAAUGCUUUGUAUAUAGAACAUGACAUUAAUUUAUUUUCCAAGUGUUUUGCCGUAUUACUUUAGUGCCUUAUUGCGAACAGGAUGCAUGUUUUGGAAUAUCUUUAUUCUGUACAGGCUUCCUUCUUUUCACUCUGUCAUUUAGGUUAGUAUUGUGGAGUAACUAUAAUGUUGUUGAUCCAUCCUCAGUUUUCUCCCAUCACAGCCAUUAAACUCUGUAACUGUUUUAAAGUCACCAUUGGCCUCAUGGUGAAAUCCCUAAGCGGUUUCCUUCUUCUCCGGCAACUGAGUUAGGAAGGACUCCUGUAUCUUUGUAGUGACUGGGUGUAUUGAUACACCAUCCAAAGUGUAAUUAAUAACUUCACUAUGCUCAAAGGGGUGUAAAAUUUCAGCUUUUUAUUUUUACCCAUCUACCAAUAGGUGCCCUUCUUUGCGAAGCAUUGGAAAACCUCAGGUCUUUGUGGUUGAAUCUGUUUUUUAAAUUCACUGCUCGACUGAGGGACCUUACAGAUAAUACAUUGUAUGUGUGGGGUACAGAGAUGAGGUAGUCAUUCAAAAAUCAUGUUAAACAUUAUUAUUGCACACAGAGUGAGUCCAUGCAACUCAUUAUGUGACUGUUAAUUAUACACAUUUUUACUCCUGAACUUAUUUAGGCUUGUCAUAACAAAGGGGUUGAAUACUUAUUGACUCAAGACAUUUCAGCUUUUCAUUUUCAACAAAUUUGUGAACAUUUCUAAAAACAAUUCCACUUUGACAUUAUGGGGUAUGGUAUGUAGGUCAGUGACACAAUCUCAAUUUAAUCCAUUUUAAAUUCAGGCUGUAACACAACAAAAUGUGGAAAAAGUCAAAGGGUGUGAGUACUUUCUGAAGGAACUGUAUGUAUAUAUUUAGGUCUGGGUAUAACAUUAUCAAUUAAUACAUUGAUAGUGUUUCAUAUUGAAACAGCAAUGAGUUCUCAGAAUAUAUGCAGCAGGUACUGAGAUGAUAUAUUGAAACCUCCUUACAAAGCUAGUUGAAUUUGUCUUAACGACUACAGCCAAAAUCACAGAUGCAUUUGAGAGAUAUCAGCUUGUUGUGGCGUAAUGGUGCGGUUUUCAUACAGCUUUAGUCUUUUUGUUAGUGUGUGUAUUUACAGAAAUCAUCGCAAACAACUGAAAAUGAACAAAAAUGGCAUCUAUAUUUUACAUGACGAUGUGUUCAAUUGACCCCAUUUCUUUUGUGUCAAUGGGAUAUCCACAAUUUGUGGCCUUCUCUCUACAAUGCUAAACAAACUUAUAUUAAUAUAUUUCAAAACUAAAACUUUUUUGCUUUCACGAAUACAAAUGUAUUGUAUAUUCUUAUUUAAACAAAAGGUGUGCCUUGCAGGGUUGUUUGUAUAUAAAAGUGUAAUAAACUUUGUUAACUUUUA